CCCAAAAAAUAGAAAGCACUUGAACAAACAUGUACUCAUCCCACUUUUCAGAUAAAAUUCAAUCUCCUCUCUGGCUGUCUCAUUUUCUAUUUCUGUGUAUCUUACUCGUUGCUCACCUGGCAUGUCGUCACUGCUAAGAUCACUAUAACUCUCAACAUCUCUAUAUAAAGAGCAUUCCUCAUUCUGCACUUACCAUCUCAACACUCCCAAUACCUUCAUCCAUUAUCGUUUCUCCACUGAAGAACUCGCUUCAACCAAUGGCUGCUACUGCUUUGGAUAAGAGCGUGCCUGAGAUAUUGCCUCCAGUGCUGGAACCCGCUGCUGAGCAACCUCCACUCUUCGAUGGAACCAUAAGGCUGUAUACCGCCUACAGAUGUCCAUUUGCACAGCGAGUGUGGAUCACCAGGAACUAUAAGGGUUUACAAGACAAGAUCAAGAUAAUUCCUCUCAACCUUGACAGUAGGCCUGCUUGGUAUGGAGAGAAAGUUUACCCCACCAAUAAGGUGCCAUCUUUGGAACACAAUGGCAAAAUCAUUGGCGAGAGUCUUGAUUUGAUUAAAUACCUUGAUAGCAACUUUGAAGGGCCAUCUCUUUUCCCUGAUGAUGCUGCUAAAAAAGAGUUUGCUGAAGAGUUAUUUGCCUACACUGAUACUUUCAACAAAAUUGUGUUUACUUCAUUUAAGGGAGAUCCAGCAAAAGAAGCUGCUCCCGCUUUUGAUUACUUGGAAAAUGCUCUUCAUAAAUUUGAUGUUGAGCCAUUCUUGCUUGGCCAAUUCAGUUUGGUGGAUAUAGCCUAUAUUCCCUUUGUUGAAAGAUUCCAUGUAUUUUUAUCAGAGGUAUUCAAAUAUGAUAUCACUGCUGGCAGGCCUAAACUUGCAGCUUGGAUUGAGGAGAUAAACAAUAUUGCAGCUUACAAGCAGACAAAAUUAGAUCCAAAAGAGAUUGUUGAAAUAUUCAAGAAGCGCUUUCUGGCUCAGUAAUGCUCUUGGCAAUGGUGGUUUUACGAAGAGACUGAACAAGAGACUUAAUGUCUCCUACAUAAUAUAUCUUGGUUGAAUAAAAAUAAUUUUCGUAUUAUUGGUUUUGCAAGGAUCAAACUCAUGUUAGUAAUGUAUUGUUGAAUGGUUUGCCAGUAUGUGCCUCGAGCGCAUAAAUAAAGAUGAUACUUAUUUAAUGAUA